CAGCUGUGUUUACUUCCGGACUGUACAUGUUUGUACUCCAUCAUAAUAGUACUAAUACUAGCAAUUAUACUUUGUUCCGAGGAGACGUGGACAGACUUGGACCGGGUCGACAUGAGUCUGGGUCGUCCGGUGUCCUGUGUCCUCUGUCUGAGCUCCGAAGAGACACAGACCACCGGAGCUUUAUCCAUCAAAGACGAAGUCGCUGCUCAUCAGAACUGUUUGUUAUUUUCUUCUGGUAUUUUUUGUCGGAAUUCCCCUCAGUUUGACGACCUGUUUGGUUUCUCCAUAGAAGAUGUGGUGAAGGAGGUCAAACGAGGAAGAAAACUGCAAUGCCACAAAUGUAAGAAAAAGGGCGCCACUGCCGGGUGUGAAGUCAAACGCUGCAAGAGGUCCUACCACUUCCCCUGUGCUGUGAAGGAGGGAGCCAAGGUCAUCGAAGAUCCGGCCAAAGGGAGUUAUGGGUUGUACUGCUCCCAACACCAACCACUUCAAAGUAAGUGAGCAUCUCUGAAUUUCUUCUCUUUUG